AUGACUUCAGGUACUGUGUUAGAGAGAGUGCGAGUGAGGCUGAAAUACGACAACUGUUUUGUCGUCAACGCUAGAGGGAGGAGUGGGGGGCUAGCAUUACUUUGGAAUGCCGGGGUCAGUGUGGAGGUGAGGGGGUAUUCCAAUCACUAUAUAGACGCUGUUGUCACCCGUGAAGAUGGAGGUACCCAGUGGCGCUUUACUGGCUACUACGGCAACCCUGAUCGGCAAAGGCGUCGUGAUUCUUGGGAUCUCCUUAGGUAUUCAUCUUCCCUUAAUAACUUACCUUGGGUUAUAAUGGGGGAUUUUAAUGAUUUGUUACUGGAAAAUGAGAAAAUUGGAAGGGUGCCUCACCCGGGUUGGCUUUUGAGGGGGUUUGGGGAGGUAGUGAGGGAGAGUGGAUUGUCUGAUUUUGCAUUUCAGGGAUUUCAAUAUACUUGGGAAAAGGGUAGAGGGACAGAUGCCUGGGUUCAGGAGAAACUGGAUAGGAUUCUGGUUUCGGGGGAUUGGCGUGAUAUGUUUCCGGGGGCGAGGGCUUGGUCCGUGGAGGGUGGUUGUAGUGUUCAUCUGGCGUUAUUUUUAAUGACGGACGAUGGGCGGGCUACCCAAUUUCGACGGAGGCCCAGGUUUGAAAAUGUCUGGGUGCGUAAUCCUGAAUGCAGAAGGGUUAUAACGGAUGUUUGGUCUAGGUUGGAUGGGGUGGGUAUUGGUAAUAGGCUGACAGAAUGUGGGCGUGUGGUCUGGAAUUGGGGGCGGAGGCAGACUCAGGGAAAUUUAGAGGAGGUUAAGGUUUGUAAAGCUACUAUGGGUAGACUUAGGGGUUUAAGGGAUGGUGGCAGUGUUCGGGCUUUUGAGGACUGCCAGAAGCGAUAUCUUAGCCUUUUCCGGGAUGAAAGUGAUAAAUGGAAGCAAAGGGCAAAGGAGAUGUGGUAUACUAGGGGUGAUAGUAAUACUAGGUUUUUUCAUAACUCUGUUAACCGGAGAAGGAGAAGAAAUAGGAUCACCUGUCUAAGGGAUUCGGCGGGGGUGUUAGUGUCGGAGGAAUGUCAAAUGGGGCGUGUUAUGAUUGAUUAUUUUGUUGAGUUGUUUUCGGCGGAGGGAGGUGAUGCUCGCCCCGUGUUGGAGUGUUUGGAGAGUCGUAUCACUGCUGAACAGAAUGAAUUUCUGUUGCGGACAGUGACUGCGGAGGAGGUGAAGGGAGCAGUCUUUGCUAUGCAUCCAGACAAAUCGCCCGGACCUGAUGGGCUUUCCCCUGCUUUUUUCCAGACUUAUUGGGAGGUCUUGGGUGAUGAGGCAGGGGUUAUUAGGGAGAUCUUGAGAGAAUAUGGGAGUGCGAGUGGCCAAAAGGUUAAUCUUGAUAAGACUUCUAUUGUUUUUGGGAGAAAUGUCCACCAGGAGGAUAAAGAGGCUAUUUGUGAGACCCUUGGGGUUCGUGAACAGCAGGGUGGGGCCAACUAUCUGGGGUUACCGGGCUAUGUGGGCCGUCGUAAGAGAGAGAUUUUGGGGUUUAUUCGAGAUAGGGUGCGUGCGAGAAUUGUGAAUUGGGGUAAUCGGUUUUUGUCAAGGGCGGGUCGGGAGGUUCUCUUGAAAACUGUACUUCAAAGCAUUCCAAAUUACGCUAUGAAUGUAUUCCUGCUCCCAAAGGGUCUGUGCUGUGAAGUUGAGCGAGUUAUGAAUUCUUUUUGGUGGGGAUGUGAGAGGAGGGAGCGAGGGGGAAUUCGGUGGAGUACUUGGGGUGACUUGUGCAAACCAAAGAAAUUUGGGGGUAUGGGUUUUCGUAGGGUUAGAGAAAUGAAUCUCGCAAUGCUAGGGAAGCAGGGCUAGAAUUUUUUGACUAAACCAAACUCUCUUGUUACUAGGGUCUUUAAAGCAAGGUAUUUCCCGACUUGCUCUUUUCUUGAGGCUCGGUUGGGUUCGAAUCCUUCUUUUGUGUGGGCUAGUAUUAGGGAGUCUCAAGGGCUUUUGACAGAAGGUGUGAGAGUGAGGAUUGGGGAUGGGGAAGGUACUCGAGUGUGGGGUGAUCCAUGGCUCCCGGGAAAUGACAUCCCUUUUAUAUCGACUCCAGAGCCGGCUUAUCUCGGCAACCCUGUUGUAAAAUCGCUUUUCUGCUCGGAUUCUCUUACAUGGGACUAUGAGCUUUUGAGUGACAUUUUUUGUGAGCGGGAUGUGAGGCUUAUUUUGAAUAUACCUCUCCCAAAUAUAGCUGUUCGUGAUUCCAUUUUUUGAAGAAAGGAGGAGAGUGGAGUGUAUUCGGUGAAAAGUGCUUAUAGGG